UGAAUCAAUCACUGUCAUUUGUAUUAAAAUGAUAGUGAUGCAGCAUUUUUAAUUCUACUCACUUUAAUCGCUCGUGAAUCAAUUUCACCCUUCGACUGUCGUCUGGGAUGAUGUCUCAUUCAUAUUUUCAAAAAGGGAAACGCCUAUCUGUUGAUGGCAUCUUGGGUUUGUAACGCUGAUCCUAUUGCAGCUGAUUUAAGGCGACUGCGCAGAGCAGAAGAGCCGCAGCAGUCUUCACACAGCACCAAGCAGCCACCAUGGUCAAGACGAGAACACCCCAACUCACAAUCUCCGCUGUCAAGAGAGGAAUUAUGUCUUCACCGUGAGGCACUUCUUAUAAAUGCAAACUGUAUGAUCAGCCUGGAAAAUCUGGGACGACUUUCAGCUCUUGGCCUGAAAGGCAGUUGCGUUGCGCGUAGGAUCCAAAAACUAGGCAACCGAGAACACUUGUAUUCUUGUUUUGUUCGGAGAAAACCCCACAUGAUGAAAUUUAAGCCCAAUCAGACAAGGACCUAUGACGGAGAGGGCUUCAAAAAACGAGCAGCUUGUCUGUGUUUCAAGAACGAUCGGGAGGACGAGGUUUUGCUUGUUAGCAGCAGUCGACAUCCAGAUCAGUGGAUCGUUCCAGGAGGAGGGAUGGAGCCAGAAGAGGAGCCUGGAGGAGCUGCGGUUCGAGAGGUCUAUGAGGAGGCUGGUGUGAGGGGCACCCUUGGCAGGCUUCUGGGGGUGUUUGAGCAGAACCAGGACAGCAAGCAUCGGACCUAUGUGUAUGUGCUUACUGUUACAGAGACACUGGAAGACUGGGAGGACUCAGUCAAUAUUGGUCGGAAGCGGAAAUGGUUCAAGAUCGAAGAGGCGAUCCGGGUGCUACAGUGCCACAAACCUGUCCACGCUGAAUAUCUCCGCAAACUCACUCCUCACUGCGGCCCUACGAACGGCAACACUCAGGAGCCUGCGAACACGGUUGACAACGCCCCCCUCCAUCAGACAGCCUCACAUGACUGUGGACUGCCCCGUUUGCACAGAUAGAACUGCCACCAGAGGGCAUCGAUGCAAGGGAAACUUGGACUGGACUGGGAAAGACAGUUAUGCAUGUAUAAUUUCAAUGUUUACUAUUUGAAACUAUUUUUUAAGUGUAGAAACCAAAGGCUUGUUGUGAAAUGCCUGCAAGUUUCUGGGUCAAUAUGAACAAGGAGAGUUAUUUUCAUAACUUUUCAUUUGUAAACGUGCAUUUCAAGCCAAACAAGGUGAGGAUAUUUGAAGAACGUGAUGUUAAGUAUUAAGCGCAGAUUGAUGGAGACGCUUGCUGUGAUGGACAUUUUGGAAAUAUUAUUUUACAGAUGGCUUUAGGUGGAGGAAGACAAUAAUGGAUGUGCCAAGGUUUGAUUGUUUUUUUAGAAAGGAUAUCUAGGAUUGUCUUUUGAAAUGCUCUCUAUUUAUAUCUAAUAGAUAACUAGGCAUAUUUAGGUAUUGGGUAUAUAAAAAUUCUUGAUGAACCAAAUAAGAAAAAGAAAAUCAUGAAUUAUAGAAUAUGUAAAUAGUCUAAAAGAAUAUUUGGGCUGCUUUCGAUUAUUUUAGAUGCCUUCAUCACAGAAAUCUACCUGUAAUAUAGGUUUAACAUGCUGUGAAGUUGAAGGUCUUUUCACAGUUUGGUCUUAAAUGUGAAUUUGCCACAUUAAAUGGUGCAAUCUGAUCGCUCUUCUUUCUUUUUGCACAAAAAGGUCUAAUUUUCCAUCUCCUGUAAGGCGGAAGAACUACUUUUGAGCCACUGUCUCUUUAAGACAAGAUGGCAUUUGGUAAAAUGUGAACAAAAGAAAAAUAUGUUUCUGGUGUCAAUGGUCCGUGAAAGACUAUGGAAUAUUAUGCUGAUUAUAUAUUGCCUGAAGCGAUAUUCUGAAUAUUUCAGAAAAAGCGAAGGCAAACGCCCAAUGUUAACCCUAAUCUAUCUCGUCAAACCAGGGUUUUCAAAAGGCCCCAGAAGUGCAAUAUACAUGUAUUGUGCAUAUACUAACAAUUCACACAUCAAAAAAUCAAUCUUUAAAUAGCUGAGGAGGAAUUUUAUUUAAUUUUGCAUACUAUUUUGUUCCACUGGGGCCUUUGCAAUCUUCCAUAAUAAUUUUUUGUCAGUGAACUUAAUGUGGAAUUCACUGAAUGAGAUGGAAUAUAUUGCCAAACUGUUUCAUUAAGACUGUAAAUGGUAAACAAGCAUACUUAUCUUUCCUCAGAGGGAAGAUUGCAUGUUAGGUUGUAAAUAUGUUUUAAUAUUAAAAAUGUCAGAUUCUGCCUAAGUAGUUUAUUUAGUAUUUGAAGUCUCACAGUUUGUUUUAGACAGGAUUAAAGGAUUGCACUGCUAAAAACACAGGCACCUCAGCUCUUUACUUGUUGAUCAGUGAGGCUUAAUGAACACUGUUAAAAUGCCUCCUAUGUGAUUUGAAAGAAGUGACAAAAAUGUUUUUACCUGUCUUUGGAAAAUCAGAAAUACCCUGAAAACCUUUAAACAAAAUAAACUCAUCUCUGUGUUGUAAAGUUGGGAAUGAUCUCUGUAAAUGGUGUUGAUUGGGGUUACAGGUGGAAUGAUACGCUCAACCCACUGGGGUAACUACCAGUUGGGAUGUUAAAUGUGAUUUGUGAUGAUUAACCUGUCAUAUAAUGAUAUAUAAACUCAAAAACAUGGUUGAAAGAGAGAUUUGGCAGCACAUGAUAACAUAAUCAGAAAACACCUUUUAAAAAGCUCCAGAGAAAAAGCUAAGGAUGUUCUUGGAAAGUCAUGUGGCAAGUGCUCUCCUGGAGGCAUAGUAAAAAGUAUGAGUUUAUUAUGAGGUUGCAAAAACAUAGCAUGUAUAUUUGUGUUCUUUUUAAAAACCACAGGCUAUUUUUUCUGGAUUGUUUUUUUUUUCUUUCCAAAUGUAAACAUCUUUAUCCUUCCUAUAAAUAUGCUGUAAAAAAAAAGUUUCUAGGUGGGUGAAAGUGAGUUUGGGAACCCCUAUCAAAAUGCAUUAACAGAGCAGCAUAUGUUUGUAUAUAUCAGUAAAAUUUGCACCAAAAAGGCACAUAACGUGUAGAUAACAACCAUUCAUUAAUCAAAAAUACAAAUAUUACAAAAGGUGCUGUAGCCCUCAGUCUCCUUGAUAAAAUGAAUGAAAUUUGGCUUGGACCCUGACCAUGAGUUCUUGUGUAUGUGGAAUUGUCCCAGAAUAAUAAAAACAAAACACACGAAUAAUCAAUAUCUAAAUAGAAUCGAGUGAGACGACCCAUACUCUCAAACAACUUAUAUAUUGGUAUAUGUUUGACCAUUUCUGCAUUUCAAAGCUUCAAAAAUGUUGUUCUGUCAUCCUGGGACCAAGGCAUAGCGGACAUUAUAUUUUAGUAAAUUUCUCUGAGACCC